UGGACUAUCUUGCUACCCGUACUAAGCUGACAGCUGUAGCAGCUGAGAUCGUUUCAUUCACACAAACUCGACACAGGCACAGUUUUACUUUUACAAUGGCAUUUCAGUGUCAGCGAGAUUGCUACAUGAAAGAGUUUGUUACCUCUGUGGUAUCCUGCAGCCCAGAUGAACUCAAACAAGAAGUCUGUGGAAAGAAAGAAACUUUGAAGGGUUUCAGUGUCAAGCUCCAGGACACAAUCUUGUUUCCUGAGGGGGGUGGCCAACCAGAUGACCAUGGUCUAAUCGAAGAUGUCCCAGUUUUGAGGGUGACGAGGCAGGGAGCAGAAGCUGUACACUUUGUCAGCGCACCGCUGGAGGUGGGUCAGGAGGUGCGAGUGAAGGUUGAUUGGGAGAGGAGGUUUGACCACAUGCAGCAGCACUCAGGUCAACAUUUGAUCACAGCCUUGGCAGAUGCAAUGUUUGGAUACAAGACCACAUCUUGGGAACUAGGCCAUCAGAGAAGCACCAUUGAACUGGACACUCCCUGCAUGAAACCUGCCCAGCUCCAGGCCCUGGAAGAAGCCAUAAAUGAGAAGAUCAGAGCUCACGUUCCCAUCACUGUUCAGCUUCUCUCUAGAGAUGACCCUGCUGUGGAAAAGGUGAGGAGUCGAGGGCUGCCAGAGGACCAUGCAGGGCCUGUUCGGAUCAUUGAUAUUGAAGGCAUUGAUGCCAACAUGUGCUGUGGAACCCAUGUGUCUAACCUCAGUCACUUACAGGUAAUAAAGCUACUGGGGACUGAGAAGGGAAAGAAAAAUAAAACCAACCUGAUAUUCCUAGCAGGAAACAGGGUUCUGAAGUAUGCAGAGAAAAGCUACAGCACAGAGCGGUCACUGGUGUCCCUCCUCAAAACUGGACCUGAUGAACACAUUGAAGCAGUUGACAGGUUGCAGAAGUCUGUGAAGCUACUACAGAAAACCAACCUGAGCCUGCUACGAGACAUGGCUGUCCUCAUCGCUCAGAACUUUAAGAACGACCCCCAGAGAGGCAACUUCUUCAGCAUGCACAAAAAAGAGGGUGACAAUGAGUUCAUGAAUAUCAUUGCCAAUGAAAUAAACACUGAGGAAACUUUGGUUUUCCUGACUGUUGGAGAGGAGAAGGGACCUGGUUUGUUUCUGCUGGCUGGACCCAUCAAACCAGUGGCUGAGAUGGGGCCACGGGUGUUAGAAAUGCUCCAAGGGAAAGGGGCAGGGAAGAACGGACGUUUCCAAGGUAAAGCCAACAACCUGGCACGGAGAGGAGAGGUGGAGGUUUUCCUGCAGCAGUGCUUCAAACAUCACAGCUCAGAGGAAGAAUAAACCCAGCAACACUUCCAUACAAAUAAAUGCUCUCUUAUACCUUUAGGAGCCAAUAAGAAUAAUUUACCUGACUGUUCAAUCAUCAUUCAGGGAUGUGUGCAAGUACACAUCCCCAGAAACUGAUAAUUCAUGUGAAAAUGUGUGUAACUGACCUGGGCGCUGUACAUAUCUGAAUGUUAAAUGUCAUGUACAGUUUUUGUUCUUAAUACAUUAAACCUUUUCAUUUAGUCUUUUUUCCCCCCCCAAUACGUCUAGUCGACAUUUAAAAAUGGGCACCAUGACAGUAGAUGUCAGGCUCAAGGCUUAGACAACAGGUUGGAUACAAAAAUGAAACAUUCUUAUGAAAUCACACUUUCACACUCCUACUGCGGAUAUUG